AUGGUAAAGAACGACCGAAUAACGGAUGGUCAGAGACUGGUAAGUGUCCCCUGGUCCUGGCUCUUCUCUCUCAGCCCAGAGUGGUGCCAUGGCUCCCCCUGUAGAAUAUUAGGCAGUACUACAGGACGGCCCUCUCUCACUGGUCCCCAUGGACUCUCCUGGAGAAGGGGUGGUUCAGCCUUACCAUCGCUCCCCAAAGCUGCAUCCAAAAAUCUCUGAGGUCAAAAUGCAUAUAAUAAUGUGAUAAAUAAAAUAUAUCAAUCAGAUUAUAUUAAGUGCCAUACACCUCCCGGCGCCCAGCCCACAUGGGCUUACAAGUCACUACUAAAAUGUUAUGAUAGUGUAGAAUGGGACCAAAGUAUCUUUUUCUAUUUUCCCCAAAUCUUUGUCGUCAAUGAUUGAUUUUUCAAUGGCUAAUUGGCCACAGUUUUUGACCUUUAUUUAAGGUUAAUCAAUUGAGAUCUCGUUCUCAUUUGUGUCCAGAUUUCUCUAAGUCAAAUGUAAGUGAUUUGCUUAUUAUUACAUUUUAUAAAAGCACAGACUCAGAGCUGUAGUUGGAGGAAACAUGGGAAAGUUAUGCUGCUUUAAUGACCUUUACUGAACAAAAAUAUAAAAACGCAACAUGCAACAAUUUCAACCAUUUUACUGAGCUACAGUUCAUAUGAGGAAAUCAGUCAAUUGACAUAAAUUCAUUAGGCCCUAAUCUAUGGAUUUCACAUGCCUGGGAACACAGAUAUGUUGGUCACAUAUAGCUUAAAAGAAAUGGGCCUCAGGAUUUCGUCACGGUAUUUCUGUGCAUUCAAAUUGCCAUCAAUAAAAUGCAAUUGUGUUCGUUGUCCAUAGCUUAUGCCCGCCCAUACGAUAACCCCACCGCCACCAUGGGGCACUCUGUUCACAACAUUGACAUCAGCAAACCGCUCGCCCACACAAUGCCAUACACGUGGUCUGCAGUUGUGAGGCCGGUUGGACGUACUGCCAAAUUUUCUAAAACGAUGUUGGAGGCGGCUUAUGGUAGAGAAAUGAACAUUAAAAUUGUCUGGCAACAGCUCUGGUGGACAUUCCUGCAGUCAGCAUGCCAAUUGCACACUCCCUCAAAACUGCACAUUUUAGAGUGGCCUUUUAUUGUCCACAGCACAAGGUGCACCUGUGUAAUGAUCAUGCUGUUUAAUCAAUCAGCUUCUUGAUAUGCCACACCUGUCAGGUGGAUGGAUUAUCUUGGCAAAUGAGAAAUGCUCACUAACAGGGAUGUAAAGAAAUUUGUGCACCACAUUUGAGAGAAAUAAGCGCUUUGUGCGUAUGGAAAAUUUCGGAGAUCUUUUAUUUUAGCUCAUGUAACAUGGGACCAACACUUUACCUGUUGUGUUUAUAUUUUUGUUCAAUGUAUAUACUGUCCAGGGAAGAGCCCAUUCUGUUAUAGACAGAAGCCUGUGACAUGACAGACCAAAUCAGGACUCUCGGCAUGUCCAACCACUCCAUUGUCUCAGCCAAUCAUGAUCUGGUCUUUCGCCCUUAAGCUCAGUGCUUUCUCCUUGGCUCAACUAGGCUGAUAAUGUAACAUUUUUAUUCAUAUUUACAGAUCCAAUAAAAGUUUUUAAUUAAGGCACAUGAAAGUUCAAGAAGGUAUUUUUUUUACGACCCUACUGUGAAGUAGGAACCAGCCUCAAACAUCUCACAUCCUCUAACCAGUCAUAUCUGCAGUAAUUGGGAACCAAUCGAUUGGCAAUCAUUUCUUAUUAGCAGAAUCUGAGAAUAUGUAUGUAAUGUAAAUUAGAUAUUAUGUAAAUUAGAUAUUUCUGCAUUUCAUUUUCAAUAAAUUUGCAACAAAUUCUAAAAACAUGUUUUCACUUUGUCAUUAUGGGGUAUUGUGUGUAGAUGGGUGAGAGAAAAAUAUAUAUUUAAUUCAUUUUUGAAUUCCGGCUGAAACACAUAAUGUGGAAUAAGUCAAGGAGUAUGAAUACUUUCUGAAGGCACUGUAUACCGGUAUUUAGGAUUGUUUAUGUAACAGAUGUAUGAUGAGGUACGAUGAUUGGGCGGAUUAGAUUAUGCUGAGCCGCGGGGCACCAGUCUAUGGACCGUGACGGGAAUGGGGAAAAGAGGGGAGGGAGGAGCGCCCUUCUCAAAUCGAACAGUAAUCUGCGCUGCUUGGUCAUGUUGUCAACAAGGCAACAUAGUGCAUCGUCCGGAAACAUACAUCUCUUUUCAAUAAAAUAUAGGUUUUACAUUUUCAAACUAGUUUUCAUUGGGAAGGCAGAUAAAGCAUUGUUUUUUUGAUCACUUUUGCAUGCGAAAACACUGAAUCCUACUCAUUACUCCACAUGCUUAAUUACAUCACUUUCGUUUUGAGCUGACUUCGCUGUGGGCUUUGAAUGGGGCACCUGGCUCACACCUGGGUGGUAGCCCAGUUCCAAAACAAAUGCAAUUUACUUUCACCCGGUGCAAAACACGCUUACCAGGGCGCCCGGGACAGAUUAAUCAAAUCCCCUCAUUGUCUCUGUUUCAGACUCCUCCCCUGUGAUGAUUCACAGGCAGACCUGCCAUAGCCAGAUCGCAUUGACAGGAGAGGGAUGAGGCAUGUGCUUCUCCGGUCCACAACUGUCCCCUCCAGUUCGACAAGGUCUGCUGUGCACUGGGCUCUGCUGCCGUGACAACGGGCCGACGCUACUGGGAGGCUGACGUCCGCAGCUGCUCAGGCUGUGGGCGUGGCCUACAGCUGCCUGGACAGGAAGGGGCGGGACAAAGGUGCCAAGCUGGGACGGUACAGGAACUCGUGGUGCGUGGAGCUUUGGGAUGGGCGUCUCUUCACCCUGGCACAACGACAGGCCCGUGGCGUGCUCCACCAGUGGGCGAGCGGUGCCAGGUAGGGUGGGCAUGUGGGUGAACUACGAGAAGGGCAAACUGGCAUUUUAGGAUGCCGAUACUAUGAAGGUGCUGCAGAAAUUUUCUGCAGCCCUGACGCCUGUGUUUGAUAGGGUGCAUCAUCAGUUCACGGAGCCCCUCUACACCCUGCGUUCCGCUUCCUAAGACCACCGGAAGGACAGGUGUGGGCUAGUCAUAUGGAGAUACAGGAUGUCAACACUCCCAUAGCAAUCCAUAAA